AUUAAAUUCCACGUCAGCAUUCUCCUUUUCAUUCUCUUUGAUAAGGAUAUACAUAAUUAAGGGUGAUGUGGAUAAAAUAAUGCAACGGAAAACAAGAGAUAAGUGAGCAGUUUAAGGGAAGGUAACUAUUUUGGUUCUCCCCCACCCCCCACGAGCAUGAAACGCAGCGUAGCUCUCCCAGUGGAACAUUGCAGGAGCCCGCAACACAAUGUGUGCAACUCAAAGUCGGCACGUGCUCCGCUUGGUCCUCUCGUGCCGCAACAUCACCGCGCACGUGACUCAGCCAGGGACCUCCUACAUCGUCGCCAUGGCCUCCUCCACCGAGCAAGAAUUCCUCAUCCAAUACCGCUCCAAGCUCGACCAUUUCCCUCGAUCCCACCACUACUGGGACGCCAAAGUCGCUUCCAGAGUCGGCGAGAAACUCGGCUUCCGCUUGAAGGGGAUCGGCGUCAGCAACAUCGCCAUCGAUGUUAAUGAAGAGAUCUCCAGACCCAUUCACCGCCGGAGAUUGGUUUUGCCGCUCUUUGACUCGUUACGCCGCGUCGGUGUUGAGAUCGACGGUGCCGAUAGGUUGGCGGAAAUCGGGCCUAGCAUGGGUUAGGCUUUCAUUUCGAAAUUCAACAAACGCCAGCAGACAUUCUUCGCCCUUAAUUCUUUAGGAUGCUUUUAUUUACAGAGAUUCGGCUUCUGAAUUAUAUUUUCUGUAAUUCAGAAUUGUUAUAUUUCUUUUUCUUCAGAUAUACCAAAAGGGGUUUUCUGUAAUUGAGAAUUAUUAUUAUUUUCCAAUGAAAAUUUCAAUGCAGUGCUUUACAUUGCUUUGGUAGCUUCUUCUGGGAAGUGCUGGUAGCCAUUUUUGUAACAAUACGAACUGGUAGCAUAA